AUGGCGUCUGCUGAUCUGAGACAGGAGCUGGACUGUUCCAUCUGCCUGAACAUUUAUACAGAUCCUGUAACCCUGAGAUGUGGCCACAACUUCUGUCGGGUCUGUAUUGAUCAUAUGCUGGAUACACAGGAGGGAUGGUCAGAAGAUUAUAGUUGUCCUGAAUGUAGAGCAAUAUUCAGAAUUCGUCCUGUACUGCAGAGGAAUAUAACGCUGUGCAAAAUAGUGGGGAGUUUCCUAUCUACUCGGCCAGGUCAGGAGGAGACUGGGAUCUUCUGCACUUACUGUGUGGACUCUCCUGUACCUGCUGCUAAAUCAUGUCUGUAUUGUGAGGCUUCUAUGUGUGAUAAUCACCUAAGAGUGCACAGCAAGUCAGCAGAACACGUCUUAUGUGAUCCCACCACUGCCCUGGGGAACAGGAAAUGUUCCGUCCAUAAGGAGAUCUACAAGUAUUACUGCCCAGAGGACGCUGCCUGUAUCUGUGUGUCCUGCAGUUUGGCUGGAGAACAUCGGGGACACCUGGUGGAGAUGCUGGAUGAGGCCUCUGAGAAGAAGAAGGAGAAGCUGAGGAAUGUUCUGCAGAAACUGACCAGAAAGAGAGCGGAGGCUGAGAAAAGAGUCCAGAGUCUGCAGGAGCGCAGGAGAGAAGAUCAGGGAAAAGCAGCUGGUGUAAUAGAGACAGUCACUGCCCUGUUUAGAGACAUCAGGAGACAGCUGGAUGACCUGGAGAAGAGAGUCCUGAGUGAGAUCUCCAGGCAGAAACAGCGAGUUUCACUCCCAGUCUCUGAUCUGAUCCAGCAGCUGGAAAUAAAGAAGGACGAGCUGUCCGGGAAGAUGCGUCACAUUGAGGAGCUGUGUAACAUGUCUGAUCCAGUGACUGUCUUACAGGAACCAGACACAGGGGACUUGUGUGACACUGAGGACACAGAGAGACAUGAUAACCAGGUCCGUGGUGCAGGAGAUCUGGAUGUGGGUCUCAUCUCAGAGACAUUACACACAUUAUCUAAUAUAAUAACAGGGAUAAAUACAGGGAUCUAUGUGCAAGGACCUACAGACAUAUUACUGGAUGUAACCACAGCUGGUAAUAAUAUACAGAUAUCAGGUGACAGGAAAACUGCAUCCAGGUCACGUCUAAACCAAAAUCACCCAGUAACAGCAGAGAGAUUUCAGAGUCAUCCUCAGGUAAUAAGCAGCAGGGGAUUCUCCUCAGGGCGACAUUACUGGGAGGUGGAUGUCAGUAAGUCAGUGUGGUGGAAGGUAGGGAUGUGUUACCCCAGUAUAGACAGGAGAGGAGAUCAGUCACACAUUGGAUAUAAUAACAAGUCCUGGUGUGUGUAUAGGUGGUGUAAUCAGUACAGUGUGAUACAUGAUAGGAGAAAUAUCCGGUUACCUGACAAUAUCCCCUGUGACAGAGUGAGGGUAUAUCUGGAUUAUGUGGCAGGACAGCUGUCCUUUUAUUCUCUGUCUAACCCCAUCAGACACUUACACACCUACACUGCCGCCCUCACUGAGCCCCUCUAUGCUGUAUUAUGUGUAUGGGAUGGUUCUAUAACUGUAUCUGGGGGAGUCAGGAGCUGGGAGAAAUUACCAUAAACAAUCUGCCCAGAGACCGGUGACAUCUCAGGGAGGGGUAUAGGAUUGGGGGAACAUUCAGCCAAUAGAAUGAAGCAGUGGGUGGAGCUACAGAUGAGCCCCUCCCCCUGUGUAACCAUGUGAUUAGUGUGUGGAUGUGUUCCUAUGUUAAUGUGGGUACACACUGGCCGAUAUAUCGGCCAUUCUCUUGAACGGCCAAUAUAUCACGGGUCCAUCGUCCAGUGUGUACAGCUGAUAUGUCUGUGGACUCCGUUGUUCACAGAAAUAUCGUGCCGGCCCCGCAGCUCAG